AUGGCCAAACAAAUCUCAAAAUUCAUCACAAAAGGUACAUUGGUAUUUACUACAUCGGCUGCAGGUACAGGGAAGUCUGUAAUGUGUAGACCAUACGGGGUCUCAGAGUGUCCUGUCACUCACAAUGUCGCAGUGGCUGAUGGGAGUAGUCUGCAUGAUGGUGGUGAAGGGAAACCACGUGUUGUUGUCAUGGACGCAGAUUUCAAAGAACUAUUUGUAUAUGAUGGUGAAGUCCCACAUACAUAUCAGCCAACAUCACAGUCAGGAAGUAAACGAUUUACCCCCUGGGGUGUGGUGUAUGACAGUGUGGGUAACUUAGUCAUGGGGGACUGUAACAACAACAGUGUCCUACUCAUCAGUGGUCAUGGUGAGUUCCUCAGGGUCAUACACACAGACAACAACAUGCCAAGGGCUGUUGGUGUAGACAGGGAGGAUGUCUUGUGGACAGUGUUUGAGGCUAACAAUGUCAAACUAAUACAGUACAUCAGUGCGCUGGACAAACAACAAUGCAUUAUCUUGUAA